AUGGCUUUCUCAUCUGAAGAACCCUUGAGUGAAGAACACUGGAAAGAAGAAGCAUCAAGUGUUAUAAAUGAUAUAAAGGAUCAUGUUAAGGACGUACACGUCUCACAGAAAUUGAAAUCAAACAAUAAAUUUAUUUAUCUGAAUUUGACCACUGAGGAGGAAGAAAAUUUCUGUAUUGAGUUGAGCGGUGCAGGUUUCAGAAUCGUUGGAAACACUUUUGAUGAUGAUUCUCAACCAAGAACUAAAAUUUAUGAGACUCCUUAUUCACUGUUGGAUGAAAUAAGCCCUAAAUAUCGAGAGUCAUUUGGAACAUCACUUGUAAAUAAACUGAAAGCCUUACAGAACACUUAA